AGCGGAGCGGGGAUCAUGGCCGCCUCGAAGCCCGUGGAGGCCGCUGCUGUGGCGGGGGGAGGUGGCGGCGGCGGCUCCGGCUCGGGGCUGCCGCGCUGGCAGGUGGCCCUGGCGCUGGGGGCGCCGCUGCUGCUCGGGGCCGGCGCGCUCUACCUGUGGGCCCGGCGGCGGCGCCCGGCGCGCGGGAAGGGGCCGAGCGAGAGGAAGACGCCGGAGGGAAGGGCCAGCCCGGGCCCCGCCGCCCCCGGGGGCAGCCAGCCCGACGGGCCCGGGCACGAGGAGAUGAGCCCUCUUGAUAGAGCCCAAGCAGCAAAGAACAAAGGCAACAAGUAUUUUAAAGCAGGAAAAUAUGAGCAAGCCAUUCAGUGCUACACAGAGGCCAUCAGUUUAUGCCCCCCUGAGAAAAACAUUGACCUUUCUACUUUCUACCAGAACAGAGCUGCUGCAUAUGAACAACUGCAAAAAUGGAAAGAAGUGGCACAAGAUUGCACAAAGGCAGUUGAGCUUAAUCCUAAAUAUGUGAAAGCUCUCUUCAGACGUGCAAAGGCGUAUGAGAAACUAGAUAAUAAGAAGGAAUGUUUAGAAGAUGUCACUGCGGUCUGUAUUUUAGAAGGUUUCCAAAACCAGCAAAGCAUGUUGUUAGCUGAUAAAGUUCUUAAACUCCUUGGAAAAGAAAAGGCCAAAGAGAAAUAUAAGAACCGUGAACCUUUGAUGCCUUCUCCACAGUUCAUCAAAUCUUACUUCAGCUCUUUCACAGAUGACAUAAUCUCCCAAACUCUGCUUAAGGGUGAGAAAUCUGAUGAAGAUAAGGACAAGGAGGGGGAGGCCUCAGAAGUUAAAGAAAACUCUGGAUAUUUAAAGGCAAAGCAGUAUAUGGAAGAAGAAAACUAUGAUAAAAUCAUCAGCGAGAGCACAAAAGAAAUUGACGUUAAAGGCAAAUAUAUGGCAGAAGCUUUGCUGCUGCGAGCCACUUUCUAUCUGCUUAUUGGCAAUGCAAAUGCUGCCAAACCUGAUCUAGAUCAGGUCAUCAGUAUGGAAGAUGCUAAUGUAAAGCUCCGUGCUAAUGCCCUGAUCAAACGAGGUAGUAUGUAUAUGCAGCAGCAACAGCCUAUGCUGUCCACUCAAGAUUUUAACAUGGCUGCUGAUAUUGAUCCUCAGAAUGCAGAUGUUUACCACCACAGAGGACAGCUGAAAAUCCUUCUUGACCAAGUUGAAGAGGCUGUGGAAGACUUUGAUGAAUGUAUUCGAUUACGACCAGAUUCUGCCUUGGCACAAGCACAGAAAUGUUUUGCAUUGUAUCGCCAAGCCUAUACUGGAAAUAAUCCUUUACAAGUUCAAGCAGCUAUGAAAGGCUUUGAGGAUGUCAUUAAAAUAUUUCCAAGGUGUGCUGAAGGUUAUGCGCUCUAUGCUCAGGCAUUAACAGAUCAGCAGCAAUUUGGUAAGGCUGAUGAAAUGUACGAUAAAUGUAUUGACCUUGAGCCAGACAAUGCUACUACAUAUGUUCAUAAAGGUUUACUUCAACUUCAGUGGAAGCAGGAUCUAGACAAAGGCUUGGAGCUCAUAAGCAAGGCCAUCGAAAUUGAUAACAAAUGUGAUUUUGCAUAUGAAACUAUGGGAACGAUUGAAGUGCAAAGAGGCAAUCUGGAUAAAGCCAUUGAAAUGUUCAACAAAGCUAUUAACCUGGCCAAAUCUGAAAUGGAGAUGGCCCACCUCUACUCACUCUGUGAUGCUGCCUAUGCCCAGACAGAAGUUGCAAAGAAAUAUGGACUGAAACCGCCAACAUUGUAAAGAAACAAUGGGGGGGAGGGAGAGAAUAACCUUUUAAAAGUAAAGUUGCCCACUUCAACCUAGCCUUGAAGACACUGUUGCAAACGAUGUUGAAUGGUGGAACUUAGUUUUUUCCUGUUCGUGGUGUUGUCAUUUGUUACAUCUGUUAAAUGUUUAGGUGUUGUGGGAGUGGCUGUUGAAGGAAGUAUGCUGUGCUGCGACUUGUUCCCUAUGCAGUGGAAACCUUACCAGCUGUUAAGGGAAAUAAAACAAAGUUGCAAGGGAACAAAGGAUAUUUUGGCCAUGCAAAUAAAAACUUUAAUUUUUGGGUGA